CUUUCUCUCAACAUUUUUUACCACAAGGCUCGCAUCUUUCUCCAAGCAGCCAUGGCUCCGACGACGGCGAAGUCCCUACCCAAAUCCGGCUCUGAGGACCAGAAUCCGACAUCCAACGAGAUCCGGUACCGGGGUGUCCGGAAGAGGCCUUGGGGACGCUACGCCGCCGAGAUCAGAGAUCCCGGGAAGAAGACCCGCGUCUGGCUUGGGACCUUCGACACCGCCGAGGAGGCAGCGCGUGCGUACGACAAGGCCGCGCGUGAGUUUCGCGGAGGCAAGGCGAAGACUAACUUCCCCACCCCCUCUGAGCUCCAGCUCGACGCCGUCAACAUCGUCAACAUGAACAACGCCGCCAAAUCAGCGGCGGCGACGAACGUCAGCAACAGUCCCAGCAGCCAGAGCAGCACCGUGGAGUCCUCCUCGCCGCCGCCUCCGCCGCCACUCGACCUCACUCUCAAAAACCCCCGUUUCUCCACCGGCGGCGGCUACUUCACCGCUGCGAGCGGCUUCCGCCCGCUCCCCGUGCCCCGUCCCGUGUUCUUCUUCGACGCCUUCGCACGGGCCGACGGCGCCGCCGCCCUCCAGCUCGCCCGCGAAACUUGCAGGUUCGACCGCCCCGCUCCCAUAUCCGGCUCGGCCCACAGCGACUCCUCCACGUCCUCGGUCGUCGACUUCGAGCGUAGCUCCCGCAACGUACGGCUCGAUCUCGACCUGAACCUCCCAGCCCCCUCGGAAGUCGCCUAAACUCCCGCCGCCCGCCGCCCGCCGCGAAAGAUCACCGCUUUUCUUUCUUUCCGGUCCAAAUUUGUUCCUUUUUUAUGGUAGGAAAAAAAACAAAAAAAACCCCUGUUAGAAAACGAGAAAGCUAGCAACGCUCGAGCUGUCAUGUAUUUUGAAAUUAGCCCCUACAUGCAGUUGUAUAAUGUUAAACUGCUCCACAGCUCCUUGUGUAUAUACCCAAAGCGAAAAGAAAAAAAACCCACCCGACCUUUUUCUAA